AUGUUAGGACAUAAUCAAUGGCGAUUUUUUACUAUUAUAGCUGGAUUAUUAUUAGCGAAUGCAAUUGAUACUCCAGCAAAACAUCAUCAAAAUUCUAAUCAUCCAAUAAGAUAUACAUUAUACACAACACAAUUACCUUAUUUAAAAUCACCUGCAUCAUAUACAAUAGCAAAAUUUACAAAUAGAGAUUUAAGAAAAAUUCCAUCAUCAACAUCGUCUAUUGUAAAAUAUCAGCAGCAACAGAAACAAUUACAAUAUCAGCAUCAUCAACAUCUUAAUCUUGAAAGGCGAAAUAUUUAUGUAGCAUCGUCAUCACCACCUUCGUCAUUAGAUUUACAUCAACAACAAAAAAUUGAAAGUACAACACCUUAUGCACAACAAUAUAUUUAUAUUGCACAAGUUAUUGAACCAACAAGUCCUGGACCAAUUAAUAAUCGCAAAAAUAAUUCUGAUAAUCAAUCUAUACAACAACCAAACCAAGCAGAACAAAAUCAACAAUUUCAACAGCAGCAACGAAAUCAGCGUAAUAGCCGUGAUACCCAGGAAGAAGAAUCAAACUUAUCUGGACGUCGUAUUGGUUUUCAAUUUCCGCUACAAAUUAGUAGUUAUGAUUCACCGUUUCUAAGUUUCCCAGAUCCAACAAUUUUUCGAAAUGGACCACCAAUAGCACAGUUCAGUGAUAAUAAUAAUAAUGGCGGCAGCGGCGGGGUUGGUAAUGGAGAAUUAUUAACAGCCACAACUGUUGGUGUUCCAAUAACAUUUCCAUCUGGAUUUGAUAUAGAUAAUAGGUUUCCGAGACAAUUAAUAUUUGAUGAUACAACUGGUACAUUACCAGGAAAUAUUCAAGUUGAAUUUCCGGGAUCGGUAGUAGCAAAUAAAGCUCAUAGUAAUAAUGGUAAAAUUUUCCGCGAUGAAUUAACAAAAUUCAUUGAUUUAAAUGGACCAUUAGGACAGCGCGGGCCGAAUCGAGGAUUAUUUUUUACAGAUGAUUUUCGGUCUGGUGGUCCAGGUCGACCAUUUUUACCGGCACCACAAAAAAUGUAUGUUGAAUAUAAUGAUUUCCCAGGUCAAUUGAAAACUUCUAGAGGUAUUCCAUUUAAAUCAUCAAGAACACCAAGAGUUGUAUUUCCAGCAAGUGAUAAUGUCGGAGGCAGUGGAAGUGGUGUAUAUUCAAGUGACACAGUAGCUUUCAGGGAUCAAAAUUUUGGUUUAAAUGAAUUAUCAGCUAUUCAAGAUGUACGAAAUGAAUUUACUUUGCAAGACAUUAAUAACGAUAAUCCUAGUUCAGCCAAACCAGAUAGCUCUAGUUCAUUCAACGAAAAAGGUGAUAUAACAACGGAACUUCAAUGCCAGCAUCAAGGUGGAACUUGUGAGUUCUUCCUAGUAUGUUGGAUGUCUACUGGUUUAAUAAGAGGAACAUGUGGGGGCAUCCUACAAGGAUGCUGUCAUCGUACUGCCAAAUCAUCAAAUUUGGGAACAUCUGAUUAUGUGAAUGCAGUUGACUUAACAGAUCUACCGCACAAAACUUAUGGACCAACUAUUAAUGAUGCUAGCUGCGGAAUAUCAUUAGCAAAGCAAACAGCUCAAAGAAGGAUUGUUGGAGGAGAUGAUGCAGGAUUUGGUAAUUUUCCAUGGCAAGCAUACAUUAGAAUUGGCUCUUCAAGGUGUGGAGGAUCACUUGUAUCUAGGAAACAUGUUGUUACAGCAGGGCAUUGCGUUGCACGCGCCUCACCACGCCAGGUUCAUGUAACGCUUGGUGACUAUGUUAUUAAUUCGGCUGUAGAACCGCUGCCAGCUUAUACAUUUGGUGUUCGUCGAAUUGAUGUUCAUCCAUACUUUAAAUUUACUCCUCAAGCCGAUCGUUUUGAUAUAUCCGUAUUAACUUUAGAACGACCAGUUCAUUUUAUGCCACACAUUGCUCCACUAUGUUUACCUGAAAAAAAUGAAGAUUUUCUUGGUAAAUUUGGUUGGUCAGCCGGAUGGGGUGCUUUGAACCCUGGUUCAAGAUUGCGACCAAAAACGUUACAAGCUGUGGACGUUCCAGUUAUAGAGAAUCGAGUUUGUGAAAGGUGGCAUAGAUCCAAUGGAAUAAAUGUUGUAAUUUAUCCUGAAAUGAUGUGUGCAGGUUAUCGAAAUGGUGGUAAAGACUCUUGUCAAGGUGAUUCUGGUGGACCAUUAAUGCAUGAAAAAAAUGGUAGAUGGUAUUUGAUAGGAGUUGUCUCAGCCGGUUAUUCUUGUGCUUCAAGAGGACAACCUGGCAUUUAUCAUCGAGUUCCCUAUACUGUAGAUUGGAUUUCUUAUGUUAUUGGCCUUACAUCAUAG